GCCCAGUCGGUUUGUAGCGAGGCCGGCUUUAGAGUCGCAUCCGAUGGCGUUCCCAUGCCCAACAGGAAGUGUUGCCACGCCACGGGGGCGACUCGUUCGGGCCUCCCCCACAGAUCGGCUCAGCUACAGGAAUCAGCGAAAACUGGAAUUUGGGUACCCGUCCAGGUUGUUCAGGCACUGCGUGGCAUCUCUGGAGGCCACAACUGCUUCAGUUCAGUUUGUGGAAUAGGCGGAUUCAGCAUACCAGAUUGA